AUGACAUAUGUUAAUGUGAUGGAUCAAGGAGCUCGUGGCAACGGCAUAACCGAUGAUUCAAAGGUAUUUUUAAGUGCAUGGCAACAUGUGUGUGGAAUGACAGGGCCAGCAACUCUACUCAUACCUUCAGGAAAAGUAUUCUUCGUGAGGAGAUUAGAACUGAGUGGUCCUUGUAAGGCCAAAAAUGUUUUCAUUAAGCUUGCAGGGAAAAUAAUUCCUCCUACGAUGAAUGCAUGGGUUGGUGAUAAGGGAAGUUGGUUGAGGAUCUCAUAUGUAAACGGUCUAACAAUUGAUGCGCAAGGAGGAUCUAUCGAUGGCCAAGGUUCUUCUUGGUGGGAGAAAUGCGAAAACUGUCAACGCCCAAUAGCCUUGAGUUUCCAUUCUUGUAAUGGUCUUAUUGUGAAUUCUCUGACAAUCACUAACAGUCCUGGAGCUCACAUAGCUAUAGAUGGUUGCAACGGUGCAAGAUUCACUCAUAUGCAUGUUAUUGCUCCUGAGCACAGUCCUAACACUGAUGGCUUUGAUAUUGCUAGUUCCAAAUAUAUAUCGAUAGAAGAUUCUACUAUAGCGACCGGUGAUGAUUGUAUUGCGAUCAAUGGUGGUUGCUCCAACAUCAAUGCCACUAGGCUUUUCUGUGGACCAGGCCAUGGGAUAAGCAUUGGUAGUCUGGGUAGAAAUGGAGGUCAUGAGAUCGUUGAAGAGGUUUAUGUAUAUAACUGCAGCUUCACUGGAACUACAAAUGGAGCAAGAAUUAAAACAGUGCCGGGUGGAUCAGGUUUUGCAAGAAAAAUCACAUUCGACCAUAUCAUACUAAACAAUGCUCAAAAUCCAAUAAUUAUAGAUCAAAACUAUGGGGUUAAAAGAUCAAAUCCAGUGGGUACAGCAGUGAUGGUGAGUGAAGUGACUUAUCGUGGAUUUCGUGGAACCUCUGCUAGUGACAAGGCUAUAGACAUAACAUGUAGCACAUUGGGUUGUUUUGGUAUUACAUUCGAUGAUGUUUACAUUGCCUCUUCGAUACCAAGAAAACCAGUCUAUGCUUCUUCCAACAAUGCUCAUGGAACAGUUACUAAUACUGUUCCAAAAGUUUCCUUCCAGAAAUGA